GUCGAUCAGCUGAAAACAACAAAACGAAUCCUGAGAUCAUGGCGUUCGGACUAGGAUUGAUUUUUGUGAUCUCUGUUGCAAGCUGCAUGGCGUACGAAGGAUAUUCGAACGUGCGUCCCGACCAGCAGCUAUCUUACGAGCCGGAAUAUGGUCGUCAGGAUCCGCGUUAUCAAUCAAACGACAACGACGACGACGACAACGGCGAAGGAAUUCCCGGCGUAGCCGGAAAAGAUUAUCCGAUCUUGCGGGAGGUUCCGCAUACGGGAUUCGAGUGCGAGCAGUAUCAAUAUCCGGGCUAUUACGCCGACCCUGAGGCCGGCUGUCAGGCGUUUCACAUCUGUCAACGUGGCAAUCGUAAGGAUUCGUUCCUUUGUCCGAACGGGACGUUAUUCAAUCAGGAGAGACUGGUCUGCGAGUGGUGGAAUAACGUGGAUUGCUCUCGCGCGAAAAGUUUCUACUCUAUUAACGAGGCGGUUGCAAAAGUAAUGGAGGAAGCUGAUAGGCGCUACCAACUAGCUAACGAAAAGAAGCUUUUCCGAGGCCAUCAGCAAGAACCCGCGAACGACCAGGUUUGGAACAACAACUACAAUCAACAGAGCGGACAGCAACCAGGAUGGGACAAGAACGUUCCGGUUCGUCAUAAUCAAAAUCCGAGUUUCACCGACGAAGUUCCGUCAUCCGCAACAACGGAUCUUCCCGUUUACGGUGUUCCUGAAAUUUCCGAUAAACGUUCGUCGGACAACAACUUCCGUCACGGCAAUUCCUACUUUCAGCCGAAUUACGGAAUUACCGGUGCCGAAUUUGGCGGAGAAAACAAAGCGAAGAAGAACGGAUUCAAACAGCCGACCGAUGUCUAUUUACCCGCAUAAUUUCUGAUGCCAUAUAAAAAAAAAAUACAAUAAAUAUAUUACUAUAUCGCUU